UUUUGACCAAACCAGAGAAAGAGAAACCACUUAUCUCUUUAUUAGCAUAGCCACUGUCUUCAUUUUGUUUUGGCAUACUUUUUUCAUGGUGCUGUUGCAGAAAUGGCUGUAGAACUCAUGAUGGGGUUCAGUAACGAUGGGUUUGCUUCCAAAAUGGUGGAAGAAACCGCAGUGAAAGAAGCAGCCUCUGGACUUGAGAGUGUUGAAAAGCUCAUCAAAUUGUUGUCACAACAACAACAACAACACAACCAGGAUAGAUUUAGUCACCAUUCAGCUUCAUCUUCAACCCCCAGUCCUAAACUACCCAUGGAUUUAGACAAAGACUACAGAGCUGUUGCCGACGUUGCCGUUUCAAAGUUUAAGAGGGUGAUUUCUCUUCUUGGUCGUACCAGAACUGGCCAUGCUCGUUUUAGAAGGGCCCCUGUGGCUUCGGCUUCUCCUCCUCCACUUAACCUAAACAACCAAGAGAGUAGCCAGAACCAAGGUGGUGUAGAAACUAAGGUUUAUUACGCAACACCGAUCCAGCAGUUUCCACCACUUCCACCUCAUCUUAAUCAUCACCAUCAUCAUCCUCAUCACCAUGAAUUCUCUUCCUUGGUUGUUCCAAAGAGCGGGGUUCUUGAGAGGAAAGAUUCGUCAACUACUAUCAAUUUUUCGCAUGCCUCAGCUGCCAAUUCGUUUAUCUCUUCCUUGACUGGUGAUGGUGAUAGCAAGCAAAAUCCAUCAAAUUCCUCUGCUUUUCAGAUUGCUAAUCUGUCUCAGGUUUCUUCAGUAGGGAAGCCACCUUUGUCCUCAUCUUCGUUUAAGAGGAAGUGUAACUCUGAGAACAACAUGAGUUCAGCUGGCAAGUGUGGCGUGUCUUCUGGUCGUUGCCAUUGCUCUAAGAAGAGAAAGUUGAGAUUGAAGAGGGUUGUGAGGGUUCCUGCAGUAAGCUUGAAAUUGUCUGAUAUUCCACCUGAUGAUUACUCUUGGAGGAAGUAUGGACAGAAACCCAUCAAAGGAUCUCCACAUCCAAGGGGUUACUACAAGUGCAGCAGUGUGAGAGGUUGCCCGGCACGUAAACAUGUGGAGAGAGCUGUGGAUGAUCCAUCAAUGCUUGUAGUGACAUAUGAAGGCGAGCACAAUCACUCUCUCUCAGUUGCAGAUGCCGCAAAUCUCAUCCUGGAGUCGUCUUAAAGUUGCAAUGAAAAAGCAGUUUGAUAUGUAACUUUGAAAAUUAGUAGAUGAAUGAAUGGUAGUGGGGGUAACAGUAGAGUAGUUGGGUUAGCCUGAAGUAAAAGAAAAUCCCAGGUAUUCAUCUCGAAGGAGAUUAGUGGGUUUAGUUUGUCCAGUCCAGUGUAGUCCCUGUACACAAUAUGGGAUCUGAUUCCACCUGCUUUUAUCUUAUAUAUUUUGAGCACUGUAACCUAUGUUAAUUAAAACAAAAAGCAAGGGAAAUGGUGGAUUUGGUAUUGGAUUUCAAUCUCAAAAGGAAGAAAGUGGGGUUCUAUUCUCUAUCGUCUUUUUUCCUAAUUUUUAUUAGUUGCUUUAGCUUUGGUUCUUGAUUUGGAUGCCUACUUCUCACCUUUUGUUACAUCAAUCACAGUUUCAUUUUUCUUUU